CUUUUUUACAUUUAAAAUGAGCGGGAACUCACACAAAGGCAGGGUUUGCAACUGCCAAUACAGGUUUACUAUAACUGGACCGCCUCUUUUUUUUAAAAAGCAACCAAUCACGUGUCUCGUCGUCCUUGGCGCACUAUUUUCCUCAAAUGCCUCUAUAAAUAAGGAGCGUUCGCUUCACCAACUCAUUCGUUCUGUUCGUUUCGCGAACUUAAACAUGUCUGAUACAGCUAAGCCUGCCCCUAAGAAGGGCUCAAAGAAAGCAGUGAGCAAGGCCGCCGGAAAGGGCGGUAAGAAGCGCAAGAGGACCAGGAAGGAGAGCUAUGCAAUCUACGUGUACAAGGUCCUGAAGCAGGUCCACCCCGAUACUGGGAUCUCUUCUAAGGCAAUGGGCAUCAUGAACUCCUUCGUGAAUGACAUCUUCGAGCGCAUCGCUGGUGAGGCUUCCCGCCUGGCUCACUACAACAAGCGCCGCACCAUCUCCUCCAGGGAAAUCCAGACCGCCGUGCGUCUGUUGCUUCCCGGUGAGCUCGCCAAGCACGCCGUGUCUGAGGGAACCAAGGCCGUGACUAAAUACACCAGCGCAAAGUAAAGUGUGUCGAACCACUUUUCCCAACACAAAGGCUCUUUUAAGAGCCACCCACUGAAUCAGUUAAAAAGUAUUUCCAAUGAUGUGUUACUAUGACUUU